CUUUUCUGCAGGUGAAACCCUGCUCGGCCCAGGCACCAGCCGGCGGGGCUGAGCCGGCGCCGCUUCCGUGGGACUUACACGGCGCAGGCUGCGGAGCCCCGGAAGAUGUGCCAUGAGCCGCCUCCCGUCGCCCCGGCCUGCCAGCUCCGCCUAGACCCCGGGCACCGCCAGGACACGCUCGCCCUCGGGUCCUAGGGCGGCGAGGGGACCCCCACGCGGAACUUGCCGGGAGGCGUUUUCCCCCAACGAUGCCCCAUUUCUGGCUCGCUCUGCGGAGUGCGCUUGUGGAAUACUGGGUAGGGCUCCUGGUCUGCAGCUUUGGGAUUCGGGAUUCGCAUGGGAUGCCCCAUGUCAUCCGGAUAGGAGGAAUUUUCGAGUAUGCAGAUGGCCCCAACGCCCAGGUUAUGAGUGCCGAGGAGCAAGCCUUUAGAUUUUCUGCCAAUAUUAUCAAUAGAAAUAGAACUUUGUUGCCUAACACAACAUUAACCUAUGACAUUCAGAGGAUACACUUCCAUGACAGCUUUGAAGCCACUAAGAAAGCCUGUGACCAGCUCGCCCUGGGGGUUGUAGCAAUAUUCGGGCCUUCUCAAGGCUCCUGUACCAAUGCAGUUCAGUCUAUUUGCAAUGCACUGGAAGUCCCCCAUAUACAACUUCGGUGGAAGCAUCACCCUUUGGAUAACAAGGACACUUUCUAUGUCAACCUUUACCCCGACUAUGCUUCUCUCAGCCAUGCCAUUCUGGACCUUGUACAGUAUUUGAAAUGGAGGUCAGCUACCGUUGUUUAUGAUGACAGUACAGGCCUGAUACGGCUGCAGGAGCUUAUCAUGGCCCCAUCAAGGUACAACAUCCGACUGAAGAUCCGCCAGCUGCCCAUCGACACGGAGGACGCCAGGCCCCUGCUGAAGGAGAUGAAGAGGGGCCGGGAGUUCCGCAUCAUCUUCGACUGCAACCACUUGAUGGCAGCUCAGAUCCUCAAACAGGCCAUGGCAAUGGGAAUGAUGACGGAAUACUACCACUUCAUCUUCACUACUCUGGAUCUUUAUGCACUAGACCUGGAGCCAUACCGCUACUCUGGAGUGAACCUGACUGGCUUCCGGAUCCUCAACGUGGAGAACCCUCACGUGUCUGCCAUCACUGAGAAAUGGUCCAUGGAGCGGCUGCAGGCCGCACCCAGGGCAGAGUCGGGCCUGCUUGACGGGGUCAUGAUGACAGAUGCUGCCCUGUUGUAUGACGCAGUUCACAUCGUCUCAGUGUGCUACCAGCGAGCCCCACAGAUGACUGUUAACUCCCUGCAGUGCCAUCGACACAAAGCCUGGAGGUUCGGGGGCCGCUUUAUGAAUUUCAUAAAAGAGGCCCAAUGGGAAGGAUUAACUGGGCGUAUUGUCUUCAACAAAACCAGUGGAUUAAGGACAGAUUUUGACUUGGACAUCAUCAGCCUCAAAGAAGAUGGUAUAGAAAAGGUUGGAGUGUGGAACCCUUUUGAUGGUUUGAACAUCACGGAGAUUUCCAAGGGGCGAGGGCCCAACGUUACAGACUCACUAACCAACAGAUCUCUUAUUGUCACCACUGUCCUGGAAGAGCCCUUCGUCAUGUUUCGGAAGUCAGACACAGCCCUCUUCGGGAACGACCGCUUCGAAGGUUACUGCAUUGACCUUCUGAAGGAGCUGUCCCACAUCCUGGGCUUUACCUACGAUAUCCGCCUGGUGGAGGACGGGAAGUAUGGAGCACAGGAUGAGAAGGGGCAGUGGAACGGCAUGAUGAAGGAACUCAUUGACCAUAAAGCUGAUCUGGCCGUUGCUCCUCUCACGAUCACCCACGUCCGGGAGAAAGCGAUAGACUUCUCCAAGCCUUUCAUGACAUUGGGGGUCAGCAUUCUGUACCGGAAGCCCAACGGGACCAAUCCCAGUGUGUUUUCCUUCCUCAACCCCUUGUCUCCUGACAUUUGGAUGUACAUUCUCCUCGCCUACUUGGGGGUCAGCUGUGUGCUGUUUGUCAUAGCCAGGUUCAGCCCGUACGAGUGGUACGACGCUCACCCCUGCAACCCGGGCUCAGACAUUGUGGAGAAUAACUUCACCCUGCUCAACAGCUUCUGGUUUGGAAUGGGAGCGCUAAUGCAGCAAGGAUCUGAGCUGAUGCCCAAAGCUCUGUCUACACGGAUCAUUGGCGGCAUCUGGUGGUUCUUCACGCUCAUCAUCAUCUCGUCCUACACAGCCAACCUUGCCGCCUUCCUGACUGUGGAGAGAAUGGAAUCCCCCAUCGACUCAGCAGAUGAUCUGGCAAAGCAAACGAAAAUAGAAUAUGGAGCUGUGAAGGAUGGAGCUACCAUGACCUUCUUUAAGAAAUCCAAAAUUUCCACCUUCGAAAAGAUGUGGGCUUUCAUGAGCAGCAAGCCAUCAGCACUUGUUAAAAAUAACGAGGAAGGAAUCCAGCGAGCCCUCACUGCAGAAUACGCCCUCCUAAUGGAGUCCACCACUAUUGAAUAUAUCACACAAAGGAACUGCAACCUGACCCAGAUUGGAGGGCUGAUUGACUCCAAAGGCUAUGGGAUUGGAACUCCCAUGGGUUCGCCGUACCGGGAUAAGAUCACCAUCGCUAUCCUCCAGCUCCAGGAGGAAGACAAGCUGCACAUAAUGAAAGAGAAAUGGUGGCGAGGGAAUGGCUGCCCGGAGGAGGAGAGCAAAGAGGCCAGCGCUCUGGGGAUACAGAACAUUGGUGGGAUUUUCAUUGUCCUAGCAGCAGGCUUGGUGCUGUCGGUCUUCGUGGCGAUGAUCGAGUUCAUCUACAAGCUGCGCAAAACAGCGGAGCGUGAGCAGCGCUCCUUCUGCAGCGCCAUGGCCGACGAGAUCCGGCUGUCGCUCACCUGCCAGCGGAGGGUCAAACACAAAGCCCAGCCACCCAUCAUGGUGAAGACAGACGCCGUGAUCAACAUGCACACGUUCAACGACAGACGGCUACCAGGGAAGGACAGCAUGACGUGCAGUACUGGGCUGACGCCCGUGUUUCCAUAGGGAACCGGGGGGCGGGGCGGAGGGAGGGACUUGCUGGAGAUGAGAUCGGAUGUUCUCUCCAUUAGCGAGGAAGGAAUAAAAAUCCUGGUUUGGUUCAGUUUCAAGAACAAGGCCUUUAAACACAACUCCAUCGGUCGUCGGAACGGGAACUUCAAAGCAUGGACUGUAACCUGGUUUUAUUUUUUUAAAAAGGCUUAGAUCCUACAGGCCUCGUGGAGUCCAAACACACUACACAUCCAGGAGUCUGAUGUUUACAUAUUGAACACACAUGGAGGCAAGCGAGAAUCAAGCCGGACUGACCUUCAGUGGAUACCGAGGAGCCCCCCGAAACCCCAGGCUUCCUUUAGCAUGGCAAUAAAAAAAGAAACAUUUUGUGAGUACAGUACAGAUGUGGAGUGAAUGACAGUCCAUGUGAGCAUCUAUUUCGAACUGACGUACACAGCACAUUUAGGAUAGAAUGACCGGGAAGGGGAACACACAUAAAUAAAUAAAAUGAUUGUCAAAGCUGCUGCCUUCUCUCAAAGCAGUCCACCAUGACCUUUUACCUCAAUGCUGUGCUGGCUUCUUGUCGCCGAGAGCGGGAAGUCCACGUGUGCGUGUGAUGCAAAAAGGCGUGUGGAAAUACAUCGGAGUCAGACAGCUGGCUAAGAAGGGGCAAGUGAUCUUUAAUGGACUCCCAGACACAGGGCAUAGGAUUAGGGUAGUGCACCAGAAACUGCUGCCAUCUGAAAACACAAAACAAAACCCUCCUGUGCCAAUUUCCCCUGCAAUGCCAGGGUGAGAUUGUGAUCUUUAGGUCACCAGCUCCUUCACAGCCUGUGGGAAGGUCACGUUCCCCUUAGAAAAAUCGAUAGACUUCAGCAUUAACACGAAGGGAAAGUGAGGGAGCUGUUUCUGGGAAGCUAAUGGGUAAGUCUACACUGCAACGUAAGCCCAGGAUUAAUAGAAUUCAAGUUUGUUAACCUAGGGCUUGAGUGUCUACACUCAUUUGUAACCCCAGUUUCGGAAUUGUUGAACCUGGAGUCCCAACCUGGGGCUCCGGCAUCUACACAGCAUUAAGUGGGAUCAAGUCCAACCACCCAUAUCCCAGACCUCCUAGCACCCUCCAAAAAUGCAGCCACUCUAGCCACUCAUUCACGGUGCAGUUUGGGAAAACUCGACUGUCCAGAGGACAAAGAAAGUUGCCCUAUGGGAUUAUGGGAUUUUCUGGCAGACUUCCAGAGCACAAGUCCAGUGGGGCUGCGUCUACACUGCAGAGCAAUAGGGCUUGGGCCCUGGGUCCCGGCUUGACUCAGGCUUGGACCCUCCACCUCCAUGGGGUCCUUGGACCCCAGGUUAGUGUGAUUUGUGUGUAGACCAAAAGGGGUUAGGCUUGAAGCCUGAGUUCAAACCUUCGGCUUACAUUGCAGUGUAGACACACCAAACGUUACUCACUCCAGCAAGUUUGAUGGUGGUGAAUUAUGUCUGCGUUGGUUUCAUAUUCCUGACAGGCAGGGAGAGCCGGGUUGUUUGUCUGAUUUAAAAUUAAUGUUUAAUUUGGGGGCCGGGGGGUUGUGGGACAUCCCAGACUUGCAAAGAAGAUCUUGGUCCAAAUAGACAGGACCAGUCUUGGGUCAAACAGCACCCUGGAUGAGCCAGAAUGUGGCACUCACUGUUGCUCUCCCAGUGCACUCACUGUCCUACCACACAACUGCAUUGCCAUUUUACGCCACCAAAAACCCAAACAAGAAACUCCCAUUUAAAACCUUCUCCAUGAAUGGUGCGCGGAUUUUCAGCCAUGCCCCAGGUUGCUUGUCCCACAAGGCUGGUCCUGCAGAUGCAUUCAGUCAGAAUUACCAAAGACGUGUGAGCUGAUUUAGAGGUAAUCUUUGAGUAGGGUUUGUUUUGUUGUUGUUGGGUUUUUUUGCAUUCUGCCUCCUGAGAGCAUCACACAACAGCGUUCAACGUGACAUUUCACUGGCUCAUUUCCUUCCUGGCCCUUUGCAGAACCAGCGAUAGGCUGCAACGUGCAGAGAUGCUUUUCUAAAACGUUGUGGGGAAUAUGCUGAAAAAUGAGUUCAGGGAUUUGACGCUGCCCGAUUAUGGGGAGGAUUUAGUGUGGAGGAAAAUGAUACUCAGCUUCCUCGUUUAAUGCAAAAUCACUAGAGAUCUGCCAUAGGGACUCACUGCACCUUCCAUUCUCUCCCAUCAGAACAGAGGCUAAUCCUCAAGGCUGAUGUUCCCUCCCACAUUCAGGGCCAACACGAAGCUUAUACACCACUUAAGUCCUACUUUGAGGGCUUUAGCAGGGCUUUAAGUAAUGCCUUGUGCUUGGUCUCUUCACGGGGUAAAUCUCACCCUACAUAGUGUGAAUUUAGGAAGGUUUUAUGGCUACAGCAGGAGUCAGCUGCUAAACUAAUCCAAUUUUUCAUGUUCUUAUUUAGAAACAUUUUUAGAGACUUCACCUGACCCCAAAGGAACAAAUCCGUUUGCAGUUUUGCCCGUCCUCUUUCUUUUCUUUGUUCAGUUUUAGUUUUUAGGGUGGUGGAGUUUGGGCUGAAUUAGCACAUUUGCUCCAGGGAGAACUGGGGCUGCUUUUCACCAGAGAGCGUACUUUGGUUUGGUUUCUUCUCACAAUGAAAAAAGGCAAUGUUUUAUCCUGAAAUAAAAUGGGAACUUUUCUUGCAUAUGACCCUAAUAAAAAAAUAGCCAUUUGGGAGAGAAUUUGCCACUAUUCUCACCUUUUCUUUUCAUAGACGCCAUGACAAGUUAGAGGUGAAACUUGCCAACUCUCCGUGGGUGUCAGACUCCUCCGAGUUUGGUGACCAAGGGUGAAAUUCACCCCAGUGCAGUGGGCCACACCCCACUUAAAUACCUCUUCGGCCCUCAAGCCAGGCAGAAUGGGAUGGAAGUGGGACGUAAGUGGGGCCUAGGCUUCAGAGGGGGGAAACACCAUCCCAAGAGCAAUAGGCACCGAUCUGAUUGCUGACUCACAGAAAGCAACUCCCUUUAAUUGUGACAAGGAGGUGACUUAGCCAUUUUCCCCCCUGCCACCUCCUACCCUCAUAUCUGUCUCCAUCCCCAGCCUCACUCAAGCUGAAUUUAGACUCUUUUGUUUGACUUCCAAAAAACUGGCUGACUUCAAAUUCAGUGUUUGAUCCAAAGGGGUUGGAUCCCAGCAGCAACAUCAUCUCUGUCACUAAAACAACAAUAAGUGAAGAAAUGUACCAAGAGCAGAAAGUGGGGUGGAAAAGGACCUCCCUCUCCCAAAACUAAUUAUUUUCCUUCUCCAUCUCUUUGCACAUCUGGCAGCAUUUCAGACAGGCAGUUUUUACACUUUCUUCUGGGCUUUCCAAGCUCUUAGAAAUAGAUUUCACAAUCAUGGGGAAGUUGAAAGCAAAGCCAAAACCCUGCUGGACUUUAAAAAAAAAAAGUGCCCUCUCUCUCUCUCUCUCUUUAAAUGCUCCAGCAAGGUGAGUAGUAACAAGACUGUACAAAAUAGCAUCCAUUUCACUCCUCAGAAGAUUAUUUUAAAGCAUAAAAUUUAACCAACACCAUUUACUUAGCACAAUGUGAUGAGUGAGUUUCUGUCACUGUUGUCCCAAAUUUAUAGGAGACCACAUGGAAUUAACAGUGCUUGCGACCAGCAAGAAAAAUCCCUGCAGAUUAACCUUUUCUCUUCUAUCUCCACAAUUACAGUAAAUUGGCCAUGAAAGAAUAGCCCAUUUCAUGCUUCUAAAUGUUUAAAAUCCUGAGUAUUAAACCUUUCUCCAUAUAGGGCUGAAAGUCCUGCUGGAAUGUAGAGGAACUAGCCAGAAGCCAGACACACAUGGGCAUACAGGUUAGUGACAGAAUGGACAGCAGACCCACAAGGAGUCCUAAGGGUGCUGGUGUGUGUACCCAGCAGGGGCCGGGGGGGCAUAUGGCCCCAGCGGUGUAACUAGCAAAGGGCCGGUGUGGGUGUGGGUGGCUCAAAGCCAGGAGGAAGGCACUCACUAUAGAUGAGUGACUCUGUAACUGUUGAAAGGUGGGGGUGACAUCUCUCACGUAAUUCACAGCACGAGCAGCAGCAGUUCAGACCUCACCUCCUCACGGGUUGUUCCCCCCCCUCUAACGCAGAUUCUCCUGGGCCUUUACUGAAACGCCAAAUAGGUUUCCUCGCAGUGGAGGUCUUCCAUACCCACCCACAUCUGUGCAAUCAGCUUGUCACUGCAACUACCUUCCCAUAAGCUCUGCUCUCAUUCAUAUAGAGAGAGAGUCAGACAUGCGCACCUGCCUAAAAAUAUAUAUUGUUAAAAGUAUAUGAUACACAUACAAAGGUUUUUAAAUACUAUCUGUAUAUAUUAGCAGAAUGCCAUCAUAUUUUUCUAAUGCCAUCUGGCAAUGAGCUACAAAAUCCGCAGUAAGAGUGGACAGGUUAGAAGUCUCUGUGUCUCCUGUCAUUCCACCCUCCUUGCCCACCCCGACACAGAGGGAUCUCGGGUAGGGCUGGAGGCAGUUUGUGGAGUCUGGAUGGUGACCUCUCUUGUCCCAGGUGGCCGUACAAACCCAUUCGGUUUAGCAGCUUGCGAUUUCAAGCUCCUCUGAAUGUCCUGGCUGCACCUCAUUGUUACCGAUUAAUCCCAUUCCCUUCGUUGAGCUACGGAUAUUGGUCCAGAUUCCCAGCCAGUGUAAACCAACCUCACUCCAUUGACUUCAAAGAACAGCACCAAUUUACACCAGCUGAGGAUCUGGCCCAUUGCCUUUAUUUGUGGCAGGGAGCGGGGAGGGGUCCCCUCAGUUAGAUUGGUUCAUUUCAACCAAAAUGUAGGGCUGGGGCCUUACAAUUUCUGUUCUCUGUUAUACUGGUAUAAAUCGGACUGAAGUGGCUUUCGAGCUGUGCUGCCUUUGAUUGAGAUACCUGAGAUCAGAACCUAUCCCCUUGCCUCCACUAAUCCUUGGGGUGCAUCAGGCCUUUGGACUGGCUAGCAAAGGCAAAGUGUGCACCAGGCCGUCUCUGAUUGUGGAAAAGUGGUGAACUAGGAGCUAAACAGACAUUUGAAAGGAAACUUUGGGAUGGGUAGAAAAUUUAAUACAAACUAAAGAUCCUUUGCAAAUCAUUUUGUCACACAGCACACACAUUUUUCUUAAAUACAUGUCACAAAGUAAUUAACUUCCACUGCAUACAAAUCAAUCACACAAAUUUGGGGUGGGGGGGGAGACAUGGGAAAAAACGUGGAUACAAAAUGCUGCUGUUUCAGUUCACUGUCACUCUUACAGGAUUCGAUGUCUCCUUUUUAGUCUCUUAUAAGACCAAUGAAGUAACACAAGGAUGGGUUGGUUUGGGGGGUUUUCAUGGUUAAAAAUCUUCCAAACUCUCACUAUGGUAAAAGUUGGAUCAUUUUUAAUUUUUUCUCUUUUUUUUGGCUGAUUUCUAGUGUAAAUUUCCAGCACCCAACACUCAGCCUACAUAGACACCAACGGAGUGAAUAUGCAAAGGGGGGCGGGAAUAUGUUUCAAGAUCGCUGUUGUUCUCUCAGAGGUGUGGGGGGGUUGGGUCAGAAAUGUUGUUGUAUGUUUCCAUGGUAGAGGUUUCUGCCAGGUCUGGGCUCCAGUAUUUCUCCCUAUAGCAGCCAUCAGUGCAGUUCUGGCAGCUGAAUUCCAGCACCGGAAGUCAUUAUGCAGCAUUCAUGAUCUCACAAAGUUGAGCCAUGUGCUAUGUGCCAACCUGCUGUGAGAGACCAGGUCGAAACAUACUCAACACAUUGUUUGGUUUAAUCACAGCUCCCUUGCUCUGGAAAGUUAUGACUGGGCCUUGCAAGUUAAAGCCAGUCUGCCUGGAUGACAUGGAUUGCUGAGCAUUGUUGUAGAAUGCCCUUUGCUGUCUAUAAUUUUCUUUGACAUGUUUCUCAAAAAAACUGGUCUCUGUGACAUUCAGGGGAUUUUCCUUUGUGGACAUGCAGAAUUUCUAUGAAUAUAGUUUUUUGUAAACAUUUUGUAACAAUUUUGGUUUCAUAGUAACUGUGUUACUUGCUGAUCAUUCUAGGCUGAUGUAAAUAAAAUUUCCAGAAAAAAAAAGAAAAAAAAUUCUGAUUAUUUUCCUUUUUAAGACACUGUGAUAUAUCAAAGUGCACAGUUUGCUGUAUGAGGUAAUAUGGUUUUAAAUUUUAAAUAAAAAAUAAUUUCUAGGAAAAAAAAA